ACUCCUCAAAGUCGUUCGAUUGAUGCUUCCUGUUUCAGUGAUACAUAUUCUUCGUAAUUGAAACUCUUACACAAACAACGCUGGUAUUGUCCAGAUAUUUUACCUUUUCUAUUACCCGCUGAUUCAAAUCAAUAAUCGACUACAAAAAAAUUUUCAUUGAUUUCGGUGGAGAAGGGGAGUUGCUAUAAACAAUUUGCUGAGACAUUUCAUAAGUAUAAAAGAAAUCAAAUGUCUGACGAAUUAUUAUUCAAACUAAACCAAUUAUCUGCAACACUUGAAAUCAAAAUGGCUCUCCGAUUCGCCCUAACUUUUGCCCUUAUUUCUGUGGCUGCGUCCAUCGCUAUCCCCGUCGAGCAUUACAAUGAUCACAAUGAAAGUCCUGCCGAAUACGAGUUUUCCUAUGCCGUCAAUGAUCAUUCUACAGGCGAUAUUAAGAGUCACCAAGAAUCUCGAAAGGGCAACACUGUUACAGGAAAAUACGAAUUAAUUGAUUCCGAUGGUUUCCGCAGAAUUGUCGAAUAUACUGCCGAUGAACACAAUGGAUUCAAUGCUAUCGUUCACCGUGAACCAACAGACAUAAAAAUUCCCAUUUUUGAAUCGCACCAUGUAUCGCAUCACGAACCAGCUCAUUAUUACGCACAUGAAGCACAUUCGGAACAUUUCAAUGGGGCCCAUUUCGAGCAUUUCAAUGGAGCCCAUUUAGAACAUAAAAUUGCCGUCCAACAACCAUAUGUUGCUCCAAAGGUAGCUAAGACAACGACUGUAAAGCCAGCUGUAAACCUUGCCCCUAUAGUUGUUGCCGAACCAGAUCAAGAAGAGGAGCAUAAGGCCGUUGAAGUAAAAUAUGUUGCUCCAGCUGUGAAAGUAUUUAAACCAGUAGAACAUGCCCAACUGAACACACAUGUUUCAUAUACUGCACCAGAAUUCAAUUAUCACUAUUAGUUCUUUUACCGAAUUUAGUUGUUUAAUGAGCCAAAAGAUGAUGCGGAUAAUUAUAAGU